AUGUCUCAACCAUUUCUACUCGAUAUGCCGGAGAAUGUAAUGCUGAAAAUCACGGAAGCAGUUGGAUUCCCUUCGAUACUUACCCUUCGAAAAGUUUGUCGUGACUAUCGUAAUUUCAUCGAUGACAAGACUCCAAACAUCAAUUUAACCCGUCUCUUUAUCACUGUCAAUCUCAAAAGAAUUGAAUUGUAUUGCGGAACUUCUAAGAAAGACAAAGAGAUAUAUUACGUCAAACACCCGGGUGGAUUUGUGAUCAAUCAUAAUUUUGGACGUGAUCAUAUCAUGGAGAAUGAGGAAAUUUCAUCAGUUUUCUUAAGAGACUUCGAGCUGAUCAUCAAGCAUCAAAAGUCAGCACUUGAAUACUUUCACUUUAAUUCUGGAAGUAUGACAAACGAAGAAGAGUUUCAUCAGUUCAUUUCUCCAAUAUUUUCGGAAACCAUGAAGAUUCUGAAGUCCCGGCCACGCCCAUUGAAAGUCAAAGAAUUCAAAAUGAACGCUUUCCGAGAAGAGCAUGUUAUGUCAAUUCUACCAUUCCUAGAUGCUAAUCUCCUGACGAAUAUUUCAAUGGACCAUACAGAUUAUGGAGCUUUUGAAAAGAAUGAUACAGUUAUGAAACUCAAUAAAAUUUUGGAGUUACCUCAAUGGAAAAAUGCCACAAAUCUCGACAUAUCUCAUUUGUAUGUCACGGAACCAGUGGAAAAAUUUUUGGGAUUCACGAAGGUGACGAUAUGGAAGAAAUCAGUGUCAGGGAACGACUUGCUUUCUAUCAAAAAGAAAUUUCUGUCGCCCAACAACCAAACCGAGGAGUUCAGUAUCUUCUACCUUGACUUUGUCGAUUGCCAAAUAUUAGGAGUUUCUAUCAUGGAUUACUUAGGGGACCAACAUUGGUACUACCGAACCAAAAACAAUGAAAAAAUACUGAAGAUUUCCAAAAUUAUCUGGAUUAACUAUAAGACGCUCAUUGUAUCAUUUAUUGAGAGAUCGGAUGUUCCGAAGAGAGCAGUUGUGUUGGCUUAG